AUGCAGAAACAUAACUUACGUGACACCCAUUAUUAUUUCAAAGUAAAAAAUUUCUUUGAUCCAUAUAUAAAACAAAAUGCACCAAAACAUUUACAACAUGUAUGGUUUUCUUCUCCGGGUUUUGCAUUUUAUGGUGUUCAACCUGAAUUACUUGUUGGUUCUUAUUCAUCUCUAAUUGGAUCACUUGGUAUUGCUUUAUUUGUACUUUUUCUUACAUCAGGCAAUUUAUUUAUUGCAGUUUAUGCUUUAAUUACAAUUACUUUUGUUAUUGCUGUUAGUGUUGCAGUAUUUGCUGCAUUAAAAUGA